AUGACUACCCGAUACGCAUCCGCUCAUCAGUCGCAAAAUGGUCCAGGUGAUCAACGUCCCACCGCCGAUCAGAUCGUCAAGGAUGAACAGCUCCAAGGCAAAUGGUCCGAUAAGACAGUCCUUAUCACCGGCUGUUCUUCUGGCCUUGGUAUCGAGACCGCCAAAUCAUUGUUUGAGACUGGUGCCACCCUCUACCUCACUGCCCGCGACCUCAACAAGGCAAAGACCGCACUCGGUAGCCUGGCGGAAAGCGAGCGUGUCCACCUCUUAGAGCUCGACCUCAACUCUUUGGCUAGCGUACGCAAGUGUGCCGACACAUUCCUAGCCCAGCAUGAUCGUCUCAACAUCCUCAUUGCCAACGCAGGUAUAAUGGCAUGUCCGGAAGGACGCACAGCAGAUGGCUUCGAAACGCAAUUCGGCACAAACCACCUCGCUCACUUCCUGUUGAUCCAACUUCUUCUUCCCACUCUGGUCAAGUCGAGCACUCCAGACUUCAAAUCGCGGGUUGUUGUGCUUGCGUCCACCGGCCAUCGCAUGGGCGGCAUCCACCUGGAUAACCUUAACCUCGUGGGAGAGUACCACCCUUGGACGGCCUAUGGACAGAGCAAGACAUCCAACAUUUAUUGCGCAACCGAACUUAACCGUCGGUACGGAAGCCAAGGUGUAAACGCAUGGUCGGUUCAUCCCGGACUAAUCUUCACUGGUCUCAUGACACAUAUCGACAAGGACAUGAUGGAGGCGUGGGACAAAGACCCCAACAUCGGCAAGGCGCUCAAGAGCCCGCAGCAAGGUGCUGCGACUACCGUCUGGGCAGCUACUGCGAAGGCUUUGGAGGGUCAAGGUGGAAAAUACCUUGAGGAAUGCCAGAUUUCGAGCGUAGUCAACAACGAUCCCGCGUCGAAUGAGCCCGGCUACACUCCCCAUGCGUAUGAUGAGGAGAAGGAGAAGGCUUUGUGGGAGAAGUCUCUGGAACUGGUGAAGCCUUUCAUGGCUUAG